ACGAUAGGUACCUCAGUCAAGGAACGUCUUCGACAUCGGCAACAACAAGCAGAAAAAGCGGCUCCUACCGUAACAAACUUAACAGGCCUACAUCAGCCAGCAAUCAACUCGCUUUAAAUUUCAUUUUUCCCCGAAAAAGAAAAAAACAGUUCAUCGUCUAAAAGCGAAACAUCAUCACAUUCCGGACAUUUGGUUUUCUAUUGGAGGGGAUCUCGAUUUGGAAAAAAAACGAACAAAAGUGCAUCAAGUCACCAAUAUCGUCAUGGGGCUUCAAUCGUCCCGAAGCCUAACGAUGGUGCUCUCACUUUACGUCAUGCUGAUGGCAAUCAACUGGACCGGAGCGAGUAUCCAGUAUCGCAUGUUCGAUGCGGUGAAUCCGUUCACCUUCGGCGGGUUACGCAACGCUAUUCUACAUCGCCAACUGCAACAAGAACAGGCAUCAGAGAGUGUCGUCUGGCCGAAAUUCAUUCCACUCAAUCAAGGCCAGCGUAGCAGUCGGCAAUACCAGCCGGUUGCUGGUUCAUCUUCUUUCAUUCCGCUCGGCAAUCUGGAAGUCGAACACAGGGCGGUAGAUCAUCCGGCACCGAUUCAGCAACAAUACGAAGUUCAGAAUACAACACCCGCACCUCAGACGGAAUCGCCCAUUGUUUUCAGGCCGUACACUCCGCCUGUUCCGCAACCCCUGCCCCCACCGUACCUCGCAUCCUCUCAGCAGUCUGCCUCUGCUCCAGCGCCUUACAAUUCAUUUACCGCUCCUCCUCCUCCACCAACUACUCCUGCUCCGGCACCUUACAACCCUUACAACACGCCUCCUACGCCCGCUCCAACACCUUUCACUCCAUACAUCGCCCCAAACCCGCAACCACAACCCAUUCCAGCACCUUUCGCCCCGUAUAUUGCCCCAGUUCAACAGCCUCAACCCGUUCCAACCCCGUUCACUCCAUACAACGCACAGCCAACAGCACCAUUUGCUACCAGCGAAGCAUCUGGAACAUACUCUCAAGUUGAACCAACGUCUUCAAACAGCCAAUCCUACCAAGCCGCAGCCCAACCGGAACCGGUUGCAGCAAAUUCCCGAUCCCCAUACGAAGCUCCCGAAACGCAAGGACCUUACGGACCAGCCGAACCAACGGAACAAUUCUCCGUGUUCCAGGAGAUGGCUCGCCAAAACUUGAUCAGUUGGCCAGACAAUUACGUCCAACAGCAGCCGGCCCAAGCCCGCAAUUCGCAAUACCCAACACCGCAGCCGGCCGAACAUCAUCGCAGUUCUUACGCUUCCUCUAGAAACCUCAACUUUGAACCUUCGUACAACCAAUUCGCCAAACGCUCGCUGGAAUCACCACCAUCUCCGGCUGAUUUGGGUUUCCCUUCGAUCACUAGCACCGCAGAAAACUGGAACAUGGAUGUAGAUUGGUCCAUCUUUGCGGGUAAAAGAAAACGUCGGUCAGCCCAACGACCAUCUCGCGACCACGGACGCCGAAAGAUCAUUGAAGAUUCCGACAACAUCGCUAUCGAAGGAAGACAAGCCUCCGAGACCCGCGUUCCAGCCCCAGCGUCGCGUUCAGCUCCCAGCAAGCGUGAAGGAAGCAAACAAGAAUACAAACAAGAAUACGACGGCCCUUACGUUUACACGCAACUUUUCGGCCCGCCUUACGAAGUAGGUUACAUCAGAAGUCCCAUUCCAUCGAAACACGUUUACGAGGAUUAUCUGCAAUUCGUUCGAUCGUGGAGCUCGGCUAGUCGAGAGGCCGUCGAUGAUCAGCUGAGAACCAAUCCGGCUGCCGCAAAGGAGUACUCGUCAAUUAAAUACAAGGAAAAUGCUCCAGCUUACAAAGAGACGUCUCAAAAGGACAGUUACAAAGAGCCGGAAUACAAGGAAACUACUCCGGCCUACAAAGAACCUGCCCCGGCCUAUAAAGAACCUGCCCCGGCCUACAAAGAACCUGCCCCGGCCUACAAAGAACCUGCCCCGGCCUAUAAAGAACCAUCACCGGCCUAUAAAGAACCUGCCCCGGCCUACAAGGACCCUGCCCCGGCUUACAGCGAACCCGAAUACAAGGCCCCGACGUUCAAGGGACCAUCGCAAUCAUACAAGGAGCCUGCUUACACGGAAACUGACUACAAGGAGCCAGCUUACAAGGAGCCCGCAUACAAAGAUUCAACUCCAGCUUACAAGGAGCCUGCGUACAAGGAAUCCGCUCCGGCUUACAAGGAUUCAACUCCAGCUUACAAAGAGCCCGAAUACAAAGCACCAACUUUCAAGGGACCUUCUCCAUCUUACAAGGAACCAGCAUACACGGAGACAGAAUACAAGGAGCCUGGACACAAGCAACCCGCCUACAAAGAGCCCGCUUACAAGGAACCAGAAUACAAGGAACCAGAGUACAAAGAGCCUGCCUACAAGGAGCCAGCAGCCGCUUACAAGGAGCCUGCGUACAAAGAACCUGUCUACCAAGCACCAACACCCGCUUACAGCGAGCCGGCCUACAAGGAGCCAUCUUACAAAGAGGCAGCACCUGCCUACAAAGAAACCGAAUACAAAGAUCCAGCUCCAGCUUACAAGGAACCCGCCUACAAGGAGCCUGCUUACAACAAGGAACCCGAAUACAAAGAGCCAGCUUACAACAAGGAACCCGAAUACAAAGAGCCAGCUUACAAGGAGCCUGAAUACAAAGAACCUGCUUACAAGGCGCCAGAUUACAAAGAAGAAUCUUACAAGGAGCCCCCUCGCACGGAUAGACCGGUUUUCAGGGACGAGAUUCACUACCGGGAAACCCCUCACAAAGAGACUGCCCACAAAUCAGCCUACAAAGGGGAGACUUACGAGGCACCCAAAAUCAACUAUCACUCGCCACAGUCCGACUACGUCGCACCUGAAACUGAAUUCAGACCGACAAACAAACCCUACGAAGCUGCCGGUCCCAAAUCGCCCGUCUACAUGGAACGUGAUUUCGUUCCCAUCAAAAGUCAAGCAGCAAAUUACGACACGCCCACUACCACAUACCGCACAACGACUACUUACAACGAUGCUCCUCUCUCUUACGAUAUCCUGAAAGCGUUCGAGAAAGCUCGUCCAUCUGGAAACGCGUACACGGCAGCGCCAUCUUACCCGCCGACUGCCGUUUACGAACCGGUCACUGCCAAAUACAAAGCUCCCGAAGCAUCGUACGAUUCACCUACCCAGGGUUAUGAUACAGUCACUGCCAAAUACAAGGCAACGGAGGCACCGUACGAAGCACCGAAAUACGAGCAGACAGCUUACGAGGCUCCUAAACGUUACGUGGAAACGCCACCAGUUCGUGAUUACUUACCAGCCAAGAAAUACGAGAAUCCUCCAGCACGGACCCCACCCUCUGCCGCUUAUUACAAACCUCCAAACAGGUACGUCGAGCCACCCGUUCAUGGAUCGAAAUACGAAGCACCGGCUGCCUACGACGCCCCAGCAAAAUACUCCGAACCGGCGUACGAAGCUCCUAAAAAUUACGAUACGCCUGCAAAGUAUGCGGAUGCUCCUGCAUAUCCGGCCGCAAACAAACCGGAUGCUUACCCUGUCGAAAAAGUAACAACUCCGGCUUACAAGGAAACUUAUCCGGCCGAUGACUACGCUCCUAGUGGCUACAAAGACGAUGUCGAGUUGUCCAGCACAAGUUACCAGGCCGUAUCGAAAAAUUACGACAAUCCCAGCGACGAUUACGCUCAACCACCGGUGGCUUACGAUCAGGUGAAAAAAACAGAAGAAUCCUACUCGGCAGACAAAGAAUCCUAUGCUUCAGCUUCGUACGAUGAGGCCAAGAAAGAUGACACUUACGGAGCUGAUGCUGGAUCAUCGCCCUCGUACGAGGCUCCCAAAAAGAAACAUUAUCCAGUCAUUAUCGGUCGCUAUCAAGUCACUGAUUCCAGUGCCUUCCUGCCCAAAAAGGUGGGCGGAGGUGAAAGUAGCACCGGUGUGAAAUCGGUCGGAUCGCAAGUUCAUGGAUCGAGUGGAGAUGAAUAUGUGGUUUAUUACUUACCCUAUGGUCAACCUCUCCCGGUUCCAGUGCGGAGGCGCAGAAACGCAGACGACAGCCAACCCAUCUACACCAUCCGACGCUUGAGGAGUUUGGCUGAUAGACAACGUCAUUCACGCAAAUUGAGCGAAGAAAGCCAACCGGAGCAACAAGUUCUCACCCCGGAAGAAGCCCACGAACAGUUCAAGUAUUCUUUUCUAAAUGCCAAAACGGAUGAAACUUUGACUGAAUCGGUAGAAGAUCAAGUCACUCGAACAGCAGCCGAUGUUCGAUCGCAAGACGAGUUUCUUUCGCCAGAAAGUGAACCGAAAAAGGUACAGGGUGAAGUUAUUUCAUCGUAUGCUGACGUUGGACAGGACGAGACAGUUUCACCACAGGUUGACAAAGUACAGGACGAAAUUGUUUCGCAAAUUGACGUUGGACAGGACGAAAUCGAUUAUACUUUUCCAGCUGAUGGCCUGAAAGACGAGUCACCCUUAGUUGAUGAGAUGAUAGUUGCUCAAAUCGAAGAGGACUUGACUAAAUCUUCAGUGAUGUCUGAGAUUGUACCAGAGACUUUGUCACGGCCCAUCAAUGAUAAGUCAGCUGUCGAAGAACCUGUAGGAGAAAUCAUCAUCGUCAAGGUACCAGCAGAAAAUCAGGACGAACGUGUUAUCGUAGCUGUCGAUGAAGUUAGCGUUACCCAUGCCCAAGUCGAAGUGACUGAUGAACCUGCAGCAGCUUACGAAGGUGGCGUCGCCAAUGUCGAUUUCAUCACAAGGCAGCAGGAUCCAUUCACUUCGCAUGUAUCUUUCAAUACCAAAGAAAUCAAAAAGUACUCUGCUUACGACAAGAAAAAGAAUCCAGCAAUCUUCAAGCAAUCAGUUUUGCCUGGCUUAACUCAAAUGCCCAUCGGUGACAUUCGACCUCUUGAAACAGCAGCCGAAUCGAAGGAACACUGGAAUGGCUACUCCACCUGGUGGACCAAAUUAGGCUACCGCGUGGCUAAACACUACAAUUACGAAUAAUUCAAAAGAAUGAAUGAGUUUAUUACCUGUGGUUGUUUGGUAGUCUCUGUUGGUCUUUAAAAAUAUGCGCUGAAUCCACAGUUUGAGCGUCGUAUCGCAGUGCCUUUACCCGCCUUUUUUCACCUACCAAAGUUUGUAACCCUUUCUAUCAGCUGAUGUAUCAUAGGUGUUUGAUGAAAAGAAUUAUACGAUUUUUACAUUCUCAAUAAACAAUUAUCAGAACUUGAA